CACGCACGCCGGUGGUGGCUGCCCUCCUCAGCCAGGAGGUGGACACGGAGCGGUGACAAUCAGCCCACUCUGGGUUCACUCAAGCAGAACUCACUCACGCGCCAGCGGGUCUAGAACACUCCUCGCGCACGGCGCAGGCAGGGGAGUGGGCAGUGAGCAGGAGGGACAGGAGGAGUGCGAGCGAGCGCCAGGGAGGAACAUCGAGGGAGUGGAGUUGAGUGGCGCAUUCGGUGAGGUACAGCGAGGGGAGUGGAGUGCGUCGGAGUAUCGAGUAGUCGGUGAGAGAGGGAGGUUAAGGUCAGUCAGGGAGUGGAGUGAGUCGAGUGAGCGGUGGUGGUGGAGGGAAGGCGAGGGAGCGGAGUGCGUCGGCGGCGGAGGAGGAGUGAGCAGUAGGAAGGAAAUGUGAAGUGAGUGAGCGACAAGGAGGGGAAAGGUGAGAGCCAGCACAGUGAAUCGGAUGAGUGAGUGAGCGGCAGGGGAGGGUGGGUGAGUGAGGCAGCAGAGUGUACGCAGAGAAGCUGAUCACAUUGGCUCCACGUGGCUCGGGCGAGUAGUCGUAGUAGUCUCGUAGACGCGGCAGCCGAGGAAGAGACAGAGUAGCAAGCCAGGGGACCAUGGCCUCCACGCCUCCUUGCCCCUUGGUGCUGGGCACAGUCGCCGAGCAAGACGUGUCUUCCCGGCGGCCCAAGAUGAAGCGACGAAGACGGAGACGCUCGCGAAGGAAAGAUAAACUCACCGGAAUAAUCCACUCCGUGCCCCGGGAUGACGAAGACGACACGAGCUCGGGCAGCGUCAAGGAAAACUACGCCCUCUCCGAUGGCGAGGAGACUCGCCCACCUCCACCGCCCACCCUUUCCGCAGAAGUCGCGCCGGCCGAUUCGGUCAGCAACCCAAGUUCCAGCGUCACCUCACCCUCAAGUUCUACCGUUUCACUUCCGCCUCCUCCUCUUCCUUCUCCGUCGAAAGAAGAGGGGGGCACGAGGCAGGCGCCGGCUGCCACGGUGGUGCCUAAGAUCCGCGUGGCUGGGAAGGCCAGCGGCAGGAGGAGGAGGUGGAAGCUGCGGCGGACCUGCAGACGGAGGCGUCACGCGCUCCAAUCCUCGCUUCCGUUCUGCCCGCCGCCCAAGUCGGCGCUGUCGCACCUCAACGAGCUGAGGCCGGGACUCAGCUUUCAGCUGGCAUCGCACACGGGUCCUCCCCACGCCCCGCGCUUCACGCUCGCCGUCGAGGUCAACGGCACCACCUUCGUCGGCGCCGGCGGGAGCAAGCGCGAAGCCAAGCGGCGGGCGGCCGAGCGGGCGCUGCGCUCCUUCGUGCAGUUCCCGGAUGCGUGCGAGGCUCACCGCGCCAUGGGCCCCGCGGCGAGCCUGCCGGCCUGCUUGGACUUCGCGUGCGACCCCUGGGACCCGAGCUACUGCGACCCGGAGCGAGGCCUCGCCGACGACGGCCUGCCGGAGUUCGCUGACAAUCGAGACGAAAACUCGCAGAGUGCGGCGAGGACGGAGCCCAGGAGCUGCCCUCCGGGGGAACUCCACGUCAACCCGACAAAGUCUCCUUGCUGCUCCUCCUGCUGCUGCAGCUGCAGCGGCUACUGCCGCCAUUUUACAAGCUUGCCGGCUCCCAGCGAUGCCAAUUGCCUCCUCAAAGAUUCGGACGCCGCGGGAGCUUUUGUCCGACCGGCUCCCGCCGGAGCGUACGGGAGACACCCGGGCCACGACUCGUGCGGUUUGCCGCAGCAGAGUCCGCACCGAGCGGCUCCCUGCAGGCGUUCGCUGACCAGGGUCCUGCAGCCGGGCCGACCGUCCGGCGACUUGCACCCCCUUCUGCACCCCCUCCUGCACCGUCUGCGCAGGACGUCUAAAGCGGAGCCCUACAAGAGGUCUGCGAUCAGCCAUCUCGGUUUGGUGAUGCCUCAGACUGGGGGCAGGAAGGCUGGUAUGCCUAUCGAUGGCCAGGGCUGCGUGAAGAACCUGCAGCUGAGCGUGAAGGCAUGCGCUUUCCGGUAGAUCACAGCUGAUGUGUGCAUUGUGGGUCGCCAGUCGUUAUAAGGAGAAUCCUCCCUGCAGACAAAGCGAGGUGACCUGCGAAGAAAAACGAACGAUCCUCUUGACUACUCUGUCUCAUGGGCUCUCAUUUAUUCGGCUUUACAAAUAGUAGAAGAUUAUUAACAACUGGUUGGCACAUAUUAAUUUAACAACGCCACUUCGGUUUGAUUCAUUUCCAAGAUUGAGGGUCACGUUUCAAAAAUACUUUUAUUGGUCUCCAUUUUAUCAUCUUGUUAGUGUUGUUUCUCUUUCUUUCUAUCUUGUUUGUAGAGUUGCGUUUGCCUACUUAGCAUGUAGCAUGUAGCUUGUAUACACAUUUAAAUAAAUCAUGGUAAAUCAAUUCCCACAAAUGUGACAAUGUAUGUGAGAAGGAACAUAUCCAAUUUAUUGUCUAAUAGAUAUGAUCAGUUUUCUUCAAUGGGAAUGAAUCGCUUGGUGUUGUUCAAGGAACUUCCGAAUCGUUGCAAGUGGGCCACAGCACAGGCCGAACCCGUGUCACCAACUCCAUGGAUUGCGUGGUAGAUGUCGCAGUGAAAUCGCGUGGUGAGCUUCUUCAGCCAACACUUCUGAUACCCAUACCCCCCUUCGCCUCCUCUCCAUGACAAAUAAAAUUCACUGCGGCCCUUCUUCUUGGCAGUCGCCCGAAGAGAGACCACCACGCUGAAAUGACGUAACCUGCCACGGGACGAAAGCGAUGGGGUGAGAGAAAAUGAUGAUUUGAACAAACAAGAUGAUGGUGACAGACUGUCAUCGUUCGGGGAAUCGCCGAGGUGGUAGAAAUCGGGUGCGGGGGUGGGGUGGAGAAAUAAACAACAAUUAGGAACAAUCCCUGACGGGCAGAGGAGGGAUGCAAUCCCCAUCGCCGGGCUCCCAGGGACAGCAAUAACGAGACGGCGCAGCAGGCCCAGGUGUCACUCGUUACCUGAGAUGAUGAACUACUUACCCCUGCCCACCUGUCUGUUUUGUGCCACGUCCUGUGUGCCCUUUGUGUAAAGCGCUUUGCAAACAAUUUUUUUCUUCUCUCCUGAUUUUGUAUUCUUCUGAAACGGCACGCGCACGAGGGAUGGUACAAAAAAAUGUUUUAUGACGGCGAUGCUGAAAAAGUCGCAGAGGGUGUGUGUUCUUGUACUUUAUUUAUCGUAUAUCCAUAAAAUGUUCGGCCUAAUAAGCUAUUAUGAUGGCGCAUUGUUACGUACGAACCAUAAAAUAGAUUUACCGGCUUGGUGCGCGCAGGCUAAUGUAGUGAGACGUACUGUAAGCUUCCAAUGUGUAAGUGUACGCUGUACCUUUUUAAUAUACUGUUUACAGCACUAUCUGAUCGCUCCUUUGUGUGCAUUUCAAGCAGUCGCUUGAGGUUUGACCCUGGUUGUCGGCAAGGGACCUUACCAAGGUAUUGCUUCCAUGCCAGAAGGGGGAUCCAUGAUUUAGUUCAAACAUAUUUACGAGUGAUGGCAUGGUGGGCAGAGUGAUGGCAAAGUGGCUGGAAGCACUGCACUAUAAACGUAGCACCUGAGUUUGAUUCCCAGCUAUGGCUAACAUCAGUGAUAAGUGGUAAUUGAAAUGAGCCUGGACCACUCCUUUUUUUCACCAAAUCUGCACUGACCGCCUUGGUGAAAUAUGGUCAAACAACUCCCAUUACCAACAUGACACGGGGAGGCCUUCAUCCAGCAGUCAAUUGGCAAGGACGGGGGUGUACAUUUAUAUAUUUAUGUCAUGGCAAUGAUGCUGAUUAUACAUUCCUAAAUAAUGACACAGAUCACUUUUGGGACGCAGGUUGUUGAUAAAAAAAAUACAUCUGUGUGAGCGGACAAAAAUACACGCGGCUAACAGAGAAAAGUGAGAUUCCAAAUCCAAUGAUGAUGCACCUUGCUCACCUCUUAUAAUCUCACCUUCCUUGGUGAGCCGUGCACUUUUUUCCCAUUGUGUGUUGAACAAUGCACUGGAUUUACUCUCAUUCAAGACAGUCUUAACUCUGAUGUGGUUAUCGGCUGCAUGCGUGACAGGUCUGUAGACGGGGGGGGGGGGG